AUGUUUCAGAGAAUUCAUCUUGAGGGCAAACUGCAAAACAAACUGAAAAGAGAAGAUGUUCUUCAGAUAACUGCAGAUUCAUCACAGUCUCAAGAGUCUUGUGCUGAAGAGAAACUGUUUCAGACAUUCCUACAAAAACUACUGUUGAUGGACUACAGAGCAAGAUACAUUAAAUCUAAAGAGACCAAAAAACAAGAACACACACAACACAAUGACAACGACUCGUCUGAUGAUGAAGAUUAUUUUUUCAAUACAAUGUCUUUGUCUAAUGAAGAAACAAGCAGAUCAGAUCCUGUUCACUCAAUGGAUGUUCAGAUGGCCGUGUUUCAUUGUGCUGAUAGUUUCCUGAAGCAGCUGAUGGUGACUAAACUGUCACAGUGUCAGUAUGCUCUGCCUCUGCUUGUACCUGAUCCAUUCACACAACACAUUGAGUUUCCUCUCUGGACAUUCAGACAAAUCAACAAGAGCUGGAAGACAUUUGAUGAUAAAGGUAAAAUCAUCAGUAAAGUCCAGUCAGUCUGUAAGGCAGAAACUCCAAUGGUGUGUUUCUUCAGGUUUGGCUCAGUGUCCUCAUCCAAGUCUCAUCUGAUGAACAGUCUGAUCAAUGAGAAACACAACACGUUCUUCCACAGGAACUGCCCAGGCAGCAGCAGAACCAGAGUACUGAUGGAUGGAGUGGUGGAGAUCGCCUGGUACUGCCCGUCUGGAAAAAACACGGAUAAAUUUACUGACUGUGUUGCGUUCUGUAAUCUACAUGGAAAUGCAGGAGACCAUGAGAAACAGCUGCAGAUCCUCACUGAAAUGUCCUCAGUCAAUGUUGUUAUUCUACCACAACUUAACAGGAAUGACAAAAACACGAAAAAAGUUGAAAAACUCAACAAGUGCUUAAAGCCACUCAUUUGCAUUUUUGCUGAUGACAAAUUUGCUGUAAUUAAGAAAAAUAAAACAAAAAAAUACAAAAUUGGUUUAAAAGACCGAAAUCAGUCAGAUAUAUCUGAAGAAAUCAGAAGUGCUAUAAUUGAUUGUCUCUCAUCUUCAGAAUCAUCUUCCAUUUUCAGACUUGAAGAUGUGUCCAAACACUCAGAUAUCAGAGUAGAUGAAGAUGAUGAUGAAGACUGCAGGAGAGGAAAAGAAGCAGCACAGCAGAUGUUGAGAUUACUGGAGAAUAAAGAUCUGACAGAAAAUAAAGAAUCAUUUCUGCCCUGUCAGGGAAAACUGUGGCAUCAGUGGUGUCAGACGAACAAAGAACUACAUCGACCUCAUGGAAAUAAUUUAGAAACGGAAACCAGUAAAAAACAACAAGAGAUGAAGGAAAUCCGUGAACAGCAGCAUCAGUGUGUGCUUAGUGACUUCAUGAAGUACUUUAUUAAUGAAAUGAAUGAAAAAUAUGCUGCAAAUAAGAAAACAUUUUUCCUCAAAUGGCUUGGGAUCCUCAUGGAUGAACACACCUCAACUGAACUUUCUGCUCUACAUCACAAAUAUGAUGAUAAGUGGUCAACAGUCUUACACCUGAAAGAGAAAAAUAAGUCUGAGCAACUCAAAACUGAACAAAGAGAAAAACAUAAAGCUGAUCAAACUGAACUUGAGAGAAUAUCUGAGGAGCUUCAGGCUGCAACCUUUGGUUUGGAGCACAUCCUGAGAGAUAUCGGUCAGAUCUAUGAAUCAUGUUCAUCUGUGAAGAAGAACAAGGAAGGUCUGCAGUUUCAAUUCUCUUCUCUCCCGAGUCUUGCAGCAGAGAUGAUGAUCUCUGGAUUUCCUCUGGAGCUGAUGGAUGGAGAUGCUGCUCAUGUUCCUGUGAUCUGGAUCUCUGCUGUUCUAGAUGAACUCAUCAGGAAACUGGGAGACCAGAGAGUGUUUGUGUUGUCAGUUUUAGGGAUUCAGAGCUCUGGGAAAUCCACCAUGCUGAAUGCCAUGUUUGGACUGCAGUUUGCCGUCAGUGCUGGCAGGUGCACCAGAGGAGCUUUCAUGCAGCUGGUCAGAGUGUCAGAGGAGAUGAAAGCACAGCUGAAGUUUGACUAUAUUCUGGUGGUUGAUACUGAGGGACUUCGUGCUCUAGAACUGGCUGAAAGAUCAAUGAGACAUCAUGACAAUGAACUGGCCACAUUUGUUGUGGGUCUUGGGCAUCUGACAUUGAUCAACAUCUUUGGAGAAAACCCAUCUGAGAUGCAGGACACUCUUCAGAUUGUUGUUCAGGCCUUCCUGAGGAUGAAGAAGGUCAGACUGAAUCCCAGCUGCAUGUUUGUGCAUCAGAAUGUUUCAGAUGUCACAGCUGGAGAGAAAAACAUGGAGGGAAGGAGACGACUGCUGGAGAAACUGGAUGAAAUGACAAAACUUGCUGCUAAAGAUGAAGUCUGUGAUGCAGAAUGUUUCAGUGAUGUCAUUGCAUUUGAUGUUCAGAAGGAUGUGAAGUAUUUUGCACAACUCUGGGAGGGCAGCCCACCCAUGGCACCACCAAACCCAAACUACUGUGAAAAUGUUCAAGAUCUAAAGAAAACCAUUAUUUCUCAUGCUUCAAAAUCAGAUGGCAUGAUGCUGAAAGACCUGAAAGGUCGGAUUGAAGAUCUCUGGGAGGCUUUACUGAAUGAACGAUUUGUGUUCAGCUUCAGAAAUUCUCUGGAGAUUUCAGCUUACAGGAAACUGGAGACAGAAUACAGCAAGUGGACCUGGAGUCUCCGCAGUGCCAUGCUGGAAAUUGAAAACAAACUACAAAACAAAAUAGAAAAUGAAACAAUUCAUGAGGUUGAUAAAUCACAUCUUCAAAGAGAACUGAAAGAGAAAAGUGAAGAAGUGAAAAAAUCAAUGUCAGAUUUCUUUGAGAAAGACAAAGAUAAAGAAAUACUGAUUGAGUGGAAAACUUCAUUUGAGAUAAAAAUCAAAGAGCUUCAAGAAAACAUUGUGAGAGAAACAAAAAGAAAAUUAAAUGAGAUUCUUCAACAGCGAGAUCUGAAGAAAGAGAUUGAUGCUCAGAAGACACAUCAUGAAAACACUCUCUUUAAAAAGAGCAAAACACUCGCCUUAAAACUCAAAGACAAAGCAAAUGAUGAAGAAACACUGAAGAAAGAGUUUGAUUGCUUUUGGAAACAGAGUGUGAAGAUCAUUAGAGACAAUCCUACAAUCAAAGACAUUGACAUAUUAACAGAUGUGAAACAACUCCUCAGUGACAUCAAUGAAAGUGCUCCUGUAGAUCACUGGAGGGAGAGCGGAGAUAUUUUCUCUGUGCCGAGUUAUUCAGAUUAUGUGAAGUUAAAGAAAUCCAGUGGAAUUACAGGACCUGUUAGAAAUCUCUACAAAGGAGCAAAAGAUAUGUUAGGUUUUGCUCUGUCUAAAGAGGAUGAAACACAAAUAAGAACAUUAGUCAGUGAAAUUGCUCAUGAAACAGACAAAAUGAUCCUGUCAUUCAACAUUUCAAAGAUGGGCUACAACAAAAGCUACAUUCAACAACUCACAGACUAUAUAAAGGCAAGACUCACUGAACAUCAGAAUGGACCAGUGAAAUAUGUGUUCAAGAAUGAAUUCUUCAUGGAUUUGGUGCUUUCCAUCUGUAAGAAAUCAAACCAUACUUUCACUGACCAACACAGACUGUUCAGAGAAGCCAAUGAUCCUGUUCUCUACAUGGAGAAGAAGAGAGGAGAGUACUUCAGUGUUUUCCAGAAAUAUUGUAAAGGUGCAACAUCAGCUGCUGUUUUUGGUGAGAUCAUCUGUCAGAAACUGAAAGAUCCCAUUGAACAGAGUGUCUACAAGAACACUGCCAGAGAUUUAGCAGAUGAAAUGAGAACAAACUGUGAAUCACUGAAUGGAAACAGAUCAAAACUGGAGAAACACAUCCUGAAGACACUGGCAGAACAGGAGAACUUUUACAAAUACAUGAACUACAUUAAAAAUCCCAGAGAUCACUUCAAGAGUUUCAUCAGAGCUGAAGUCAGUCAGUACAUCACUGAUAAUUUCAGUGACAGUGUUCGGCCCAAGAUGAUGAAGAACAUCAAACUCCUGCAGCAGAAGAUCAUGAAAGCAGCUCAUGAAUCUACUGAACAUGUUCAAGUGAACAGUGGAGAUGUUGAUUUGUGGUUGAAGUGUUUCACACAGAAGCUCUCAGAUGUGCUGAUAUUCUCUGUUAAAGACUUCAGUGGAGUGAGUCGUGAUGAUGUUGAUGAUUUCAAACUCUUAGAAGAUGUGAUGAGAAAAGAACUUCCUUCAGUAAUAUCUGACAUAAGCAGUAAAUUCAGUACAGAGACUUUUCCAGUAAUUCUGGACUGUAAAUACAGACCAGAUGAGAUUCUGAUUGAUCACUUCUCUCAGUGCUGUUGGGUUCAGUGUCCUUUCUGUGGAGCAAUCUGCACCAACACAAUAGAAGACCAUUAUGAAGAUCACAGUGUUCCUUUCCAUCGAGUGGAUGGACUGAAAGGAUGCCAUUAUGAAGGAACACGGGAUCUCUGCACUGAUUUUUGUACAACUUUAGUGACAAGUGAUGAAUCAUUUAAAUCAUCAGAUCAGGUGUUUCCAUUCAAAGAAUACAGAACAGCAGGAGGUGUUUAUGCUAACUGGAGCAUCACUCCUGACGUCUCUGAGCUGCCGUACUGGAAGUGGUUUGUGUGCAGAUUCCAGAAAGAUCUGGAAAAUAAUUAUGAUAAAAAGUUCCAGGGCUGGGGUCAGAUUCCAGAUGAGUGGAAGAAGCACUCAAAGCAAGAUGUUAUUGAGAGUCUGAAUAAAUACUUUUAAUACAUAUAAACUAAUAGAGCAGUUUAAGAAGCUCUUUAAUUACAGAAUACAAUAUCAAAUAUAAAUGUUCCGGUAUGUACCGGCUGCUGGAAGGUGCUGAAUAUGAUCAAACAAAUAAUACAUAUGCAAGGAAUAAUUGACUCCGGCCCAUUGAAUUGUUUUAAAAAUAAUGCACACCCGAGGUGAUAAUGUGGUCAAGACGCGCAGCAGAGUGUGUGUGUGCGUGUGUGUGUGCGUCGUCACGCGUUAAGUAAACGCCACACGCCAUCUGGUGUUAAUUUAACAGCUCAUGUAACUUUAUUAGCGCAUUCAUUUGCUCAUCUACAUAACUCCUCCUCUAUCACAUUUGAGUUAUCUACAAGCUGAUGGUGACUGAGUUAAUGACGUCUCUAAUAUCAAAUCAAAUCAAAUCAAAUCACUUUAUUGUCACACUACCAUGUACACAAGUGCAGUGUGUGAAAGUCUUGUGUGCAGUUCCGAGCAACAUAGCAGUCAUGACAGUGACGAGACAUAUACCAAUUACAGUAAACAACAUACUUACACAACACAAUUUACAUAUCAAAUGUACACAUACUUACACAACACAAUUUACAUAUGAAAUGUACACAUACUUACACAACACAAUAAUUAUAUACAAUGUACAGUACACAAUACACACAAUAUAGAAUACACAAUAUACAAUACAAUAAGUAAAGAGGAUAUGAAAUAUAUAUAUAUAUAGGGCAGUUGUAUUGAGGAGAAUAUGUUGACAGUCCAGUGUGAGAUUAUAGAUGAAUAGCAUCAGUUUCUCUGGGAUCAACUAACUGAAAUACAAUCUUUAGUUUUGUGCAUUUUUAAUCUCUUUGCUUUACAUUUUCUCCUUAUAUUAAUCUCAUUUACUGUUAAUCAAUAUUUUAUGAUUGUCUGUUAUUAUCUUUAUUUUAAUCAUCAUUCUUAAUACAUGUAAAGUAAUGUAUGUUAUUUGAGGGGUGACUGAGGGUCUGUAAUAACAUUGAUUAUUCAUUUAGAGAAUAUGCAUUUUUAUUUUACUGCAUUUAUUCAUACAUGAUCAAUAAUAUUCAUAUAAUUAAUCAUCAAUUAACCACUUGAUUCACCAUUUAUUAAAUCAUAUAGAAUUGAGUGAUUUCAUUAUUAUUUUUACUUUCUUUCAUACUUCAUUAAACCAUUGAUAUAUUUGAUAUUUGUAAUCAUUAAUGUUUUAGACGUAUAUUUUACAACCUUCAAGUUCUACUAAUGAAAUACUUUCAGAGUCGUCCUGUUUGGCUUUUAUUGUUUCUCGACUUGUUUUGCUCAAGUGUUUUGCAGAUGUUGAGGUCUUCAUUCCACAAACACGACCAGAAUAAAGUCUGCAGUGAAGAAAACUCACAAGAUACUCUGUCUAGAUCAUCUACAGUAGUUUUAUUCUUGUUUAAAGUUGAUUUUAACAUGUGACUCUAUUAUAGUGAAAUAACUGGAACUUCAGACACAUUCAGAAAAGUGUUCAUGACUGAUAGAUAACCUCUGACCCCUGCAUAUAAUCUACUAAACCUUAGAAUGAGAACAUGAUUAAUACAUCAUUAUUGUUCAUAAGAAGUCAGAUCUAGAAUAUUUAAUGUUGUAACCUGCUAGAAUCUUAGAAAAACUAAUAACAAUGACACUUUGAUUUGUUUUCAUGUGACUAUAAUAACUGAAGUCUGUUUUGUUAACCAGCUCUUCUUCACUUCUAUUCUGUGCAUGUAUGAAACAAAAUCUUCAGUAAAUGAUCUCAAAAUGAUUGAAAUCGUGACUCUGAGUGUUUUAUUACUCAUACUGAUGUCAAGUUGUUUUCCCCUGCAGCAUCACAGAUAUGUUCAGAGUGUCACCAUUGAAUGUGAAGCAUGUUAGAAACUAGAGUUCAGAAUGACAUACUACUAUACUACACUUCCUGUUUCUGCAACAUCUACAGUAUAUACCAACAGAGUAAUAAUGUAGUGCGCAAAACAUCUAGGUUACGUAUGUAACCUCCAUUCCCCGAUGGAGGGAACGAGACGUGUGUCAGAGAAGCGACACUAGGGGUCUCUCUUGAGCGCCGAUAUAUACCUCUGUUCCAUGAAAAAAGGCCAAUGAGAAGUUGGCAGACGGUAUUUGCAUAUCCCACCUCCGGACAUAUGGGUAUUUAAGCGGGGCGAAUACGGGAGUUCAUUCAGAAUUUUUCUGAGGAGCCGGAAAUGAUCCGGCCACAACAGUGGCUCGGCUCAGCGAUGUGGUGGGGAAGACACAACGUCUCGUUCCCUCCAUUGCCCCAUUAAAGCCAUCAGAAUCCUUCUGGUUACCCUGGAGAGGGGAACAAGGUGAUGCUUGCCAACCUGGGAACGGGCCAAGCCUGGCUGGGCCUCUUUUCUCUCUAUUGGCGCUUUUCCACUACACAGUACCUGCUCGACUCAGCUCAACUCGCCUCGACUCACCUCGCCUCGGUUCGCUUUUCGCUCCGUUUUCCAUUGCAGACAGUACCGCCACAAAUAGUACCCGGUCGUCAUAGCGACGCCGCAGGA